AUGUGCUCGCGGUCGUUCACUGCUCUGGCUGCGACAGCUCUAAUACUUAUCGAUACUACUGAUGCCCAUAGUUACAUGAGUGAUCCGAUGCCAACAUGGAAUGUCAAUUUUCCGUCACCCAGCUUUGCCGGGCUCAUCGACGGCCAGAAAUAUCUCCCUGUUCCCGAUGGCAUGUCGUAUGCUACAGAUCCGGAAUUAAUCACGAAAGCAUAUUGGAUAGCAUUCGAGGCUAGCAAGUAUACUUCAUUAAAGGAUUUUGCGGAUCAGACUAUGGAACUGCAAACACUACCUCCUUUUGGAAAGGCAUCACCCGAAUGUGGUCAUUCGAUUGUUAACGGUACAGCUCGAGAAUUGCCAGAUAAAGUGAAAUGGCUUGCAUUCGGUUUGUCUCACCAAGGACCUUGCGAGAUCUGGUGUGACAAAAAGCUUGCCUUUAUGGAUAAAAAUUGUGCACUAAACUACCCUCAGGAUCCUGCCUUGCUGCCCUAUGAUAUCAAAAUAUGUAUUGGGGCGAAGAUGAUGCAGGCAUAUUGGAUAGCACUGCACGGUCUUCCGUGGCAGCUCUACCUAAACUGCGUCCCUCUCAAAAGCGAUGGUACUAGUGCUGGUUCCUCAGAUUCACCAGCUUACUCUCCAAGUAAGCCGGUCGCUCCAUCAACUCCACCAGCCUCUCCGUCGACUCCACCAGCUUCUCCGCCAACUCCGCCAGCUGCUCCACCAGCUCCACCAGCUUCACCUCCAACUCCGCCAACUUCACCUCCAACUCCACCAGCUUCUCCACCGACACCACCAUCUCCUCCACCGACACCACCAUCUUCUCCUCCGAGUACACCACCCGAUGAUACGCCGGAAGCUUCGACUGGUUCAAAUGAUAGCACACCCACAACACCAACAGAGACGCCCGACACGAGUGAUACUGAGGAUUCAGAGGAAACGGAGUCGGAGGUGACACCCACAAUUUCAACUACAAUUACAGACCCCCCGACUGCUGAGCAUACUAAAUGCACUCGCCGCCGCAAAUGA